AUGAAAGCUUGGUUUUGGAUUCUUGGCUGGUCUCUUUCCAUUCUGACCAUAACUGGGAAUGGAUUUAUUAUCUUUCUUGUUUGGUGCAAGCGACAGCUUCGCACUAAGACCAACGCGUUUAUUGUUUCACUUGCAGUGGCGGACUUCUGUGUUGGGAUGAGCGCAGUACCCUUGAUGUUUGCGUGCGAAGCUGUAACUGCCUGCAGUGAUUCACCUAUUUUUCGGGCUGUAAAGGCGUCAAAGUUUCUGUUUCCGUACGCAUCUGUAACAAACCUCUGCAUUUUAGUCCUGGAUCGCUACAUUGCUGUUGUGAAACCUUUGAAAUACUUGACUUUUAUGUCACGUCGCCGAGUCAUUCAAAUGGUUUCCGUAUCCUGGGCGAUUCCUUUCGCCCUGGGCAUUGGUUCGGCUCUUAGCAGUGUUGGUUUUAAAUCAUUUGCCUCUACGAUGUUCACUUGUGUCCUUUUGUUAUUAGAGUUUUUACCAAGUUUGAUUUUAAUAUUUUGCUUCGUAUCCAUGUUACAGGUUGUAUUUAAACAUAAUCGAGCCGCUCGUGUUUUAGCAAAACAGUUACGCUUUAACCAUCAGGUUUUCUUCAAAACUCAGGAAAAGUCUGCCAUUUUAAUGAUGGGGAUUGUAAUAAGUUUGUUUCUUGUGUGUUACGGGGUUUUUCUACGCUGUUCCUUAAUUUAUGUUUUCGAUGUUCAAUCAUUAUGUAAUGAUACUGACUACAAAAUCCCUAUUUUAGUAUUAAACUCUGCCAUCAACCCUUUUGCGUAUUCGUUUUUCAAGAGAGACAUUAACAAAGAGGUAAAGGGACGAAUUUGUUUUGCCACAUCGCCACAGCGUAACAAGAUCCAUCCUUUUAAAGAGAGCAGUUUUUCACUGGCCCCAGUUAAGAGAUCAAGUUGAGUGAUUAGUCAUCAGAAUGAUUGCGUUUUUAUAGAAGGAAAAGAAACUUAGUUGUUCGGGACAUUCUAACUAUAACUUUAGACCAGAAGUAAAAGGCUUUAUCAAAAAUGUUUGAUGGUUGAUUUUAUACGUUUAAAUGUCAAGAAAGCUAUCUAGUUGCCUGUCACCCACACCAGGUCAAUUUAAUAAACUGAGUAAAAGCCUCUAAUAGCUUUAUGUCACUCAGCCUGCCAAUGGAACAGGUGGUGCGAGGAACACUUUGGGAAAUCGAUUAAUUAUUCAUCAGGAUACAUGACUGUAAUUAUAUGAAAAUCAUAUGUGUAUGCUGCGGUUGAAGAAACGAAUAUAGGAGCGAUCCUCGCAGUUAUGAACACUACUGAACUAAUAGUGAAAAUAAGGCCUGAAAAAAAUUUAGGCCCGUACGGGAUCUAAGCCCAUAACCAGUGCAGCGUUCUACCAACUGAGCUAAAAAGCCAACUAAGAGCUCAGUGGUCAUUAUGAUGGUUACAAAUAAACUCUCUAAGUGGUUAGUAAAUGACUGUAAAUAUAUGAAAACCAUAUAUUCAUCAAGAAUUAAGAGGUGCAUGCGAUACUCGACAAUUUAUGAAGUAACUGAAAUACUUGGAGCGACCUCAUUGGUCAAAAAUCUGUCUUUCAUUGCACCAGUAAACGACCCACUGAAAGUUGAAUUUACGUCAUAAGAGCAGUAUCGGUUUCCUGGCGUAAUAACCCACUUGGUGUGUUGGGAGAACACGCGAAAAGUUUGUUAAUCACUCGCAUCCUGCUCGUGGUGUACAAACGUUUCUCGUUUUCCCUCUGCAUCUCGCAUGGGUUAACACGUCGGUAAACCGAUAGAAAGUCAGUGCGGUCUACUGCUUGGAUAAACCUCAUCAUUACUUCCUGUAAACUAUAAUGUUUUUUUCUUACAAUGAAGACAAUUUCCUCAGGCGAUGAGGCUGACUGAAUACGCGUUAUUUUAAGAACCAUUGUGCUCGGCUGUGAUUGGCUGGUAUUCAACAACUGCAACGGGCGCAAGUGGAAAGAUAUCACGGCAGUCUACUAAAGUACGGAGGUGACUUUAUCGGUCGUAACACAAACGUUUAAGUUCAAUUGCAACCUUACUUAGGAUUUGCCGCCCGUAAAAAGAGCACUGUCUGUACAGCACCACACAUGAAACAGAACCGCAAGAGACGCCGGGAUACCUACGAUUCCCGAAUUGAACCGAAAAUGUACGUAAAGAGGAGACUCCUUGAUAUUUAUUGUGAACUUGGCCCUUUAGCCCAGUGGUCUAUAGCAAAUGAUAUUAACUGCAGUCGAUGUUCUCUUAUCUGCAGCUACAAAAUUAAUCCUGUUUCCAAUCUUGACAAUGCCUUUUAAUGCCUUUUUAGCAGCUGCCUCUGGUCGAAAUUUUAUCAGUCAGUUUUGUUUCCUUGAUUGUGUUCAGUAAAUCCCCUUGUUACAGGUUAGAAUGAAAGGAAAAACCCCAAAUUUGAGGUUUUAUGACCAUACCACUACAGUGACUCUAACUCUGCUCGCGACCGAACAAGUUCAUUGACGCUUUGAGGCUUUAGAGAGUCAUGGAAAGUUAUAGGAGAGAGGUCACAACUGAUAAAGUGCGCGAGGGUUUGCUGUUAUUCUUAUCCCUGCCCUAGACAUUCAGAACAUAACCGUCAGAUUAUGUCUUCGUCAAGACGGAAAGUCCCGAAAUUUGUUGAAACUCACCGGAAACGCUCGGAGCGAAAAUCUUCUACAAAUUGAAUUUUAGUUAGCUCGCAUCAUUCUAACAGCAUGUGACCAAAGCACUUCUGAACGUCGGCUUUCACAACGACGCGCUCCUGUUCUUGUCGAUUGCUGUGAGGAAAAAAUGACAAUUGGACGCUUUUAACUAUUUGUGUCAAACUGAAAAAAAACUCAGUGUGCAAACUCACAGCGUGAAAUGUAAAAAUUUUUUAUCGGUAGUGACCCUUGUGACCCUUUGUGUGGACCCUAAUGCUGUUAAACUUAAGGGAAAAGAGUGAAAAACGGCUUUGAUAGUAAAAAGAUUUUCUCAAUCAAGUAUUUAUCAUUGUCAAGGCCUAUUGUUUCGAAACGACUUCUCAUAGGGCAAUGUCUAAAAUUGUCUAAGUUUCAGUAAUAUUUUGUGAAAGAAAAUAAUAAACGUCUUCGCCUCGCACGCACAGUGAACAUUAUGCAAACGCAAGUAAGGUUUUAAACAGCUGCCACUGGCUUAUUGUUCAGACUUCGUGAAACUAACAACGGUGCCUGUUAUAUAAACAGUGCACGGUUAAUAGGGCAUAUGGAUUGUUGUUAAGCUUAAGAUGUCUUAACUAACAUUUUGUGUAAGUGCUAUAUGUAUAUAUUCCUAUAGCACUUACGUCCACUGUCCGUGCCUCGCAUGCGCAGUGAACAUUAUGCAAACGCAAGUAAAGUUUUAAACAGCUGUCACUGGCUUAUUGUUCAGACUUCGUGAAACUAACAACGGUGCAUGUUAUAUACACAGUGCACGGUUAAUAGGGGACAUAAAUUGUUGUUAAGUCUAAGAUGACCAGAUGUCUUAGCUAAUAUUUUGUGUAAGCGCUAGAUAUGUAGGUAAUUAUAUGAUUUCGAGUGCAAUUGGGAAUAAAUAAGCGCGAGUAAAUUCUUUCAAAGAACAAAAUUGCACUCGCCCUACGGGCUCGUGCAAUUUGUGGUCUUGGAAAAAAUUAACAAGUGCUUAUUUAUUCCAAACUGCACGAGAAAAAUCAUGUGAUUACGUAUUAAUAAUGUACAUGAAAAAAUUCGAGAUAGCUUAUCAUAAUUACGUAGAAGCAGAGCGCGCGCAUCAAGUGUAUUCGGUCAAAACAACCGCGUACGAUCAAAACAGUAAUAGACAAUGAUAUUUUCACAUCUAUAAGGCGCAAAAAAGUUCAAAGUCCGGCCAAACAGUUCAAGGAAUUGUUCAGUCUGUGUCCGAAUCACUUUCGAUGGAAUUGAAUCGUCUUGUGCGAGGUUUAACCAUGUUUGUUUUUACUUUCGGCGUAGAAUCGCUCGAGCAAAGUGUUAAGCUGGAUCGGCUCAUAAUUUUGAUUUUUUUGGCAAUUUUUCCAAACCGACAAUCAAAAAGUAGUGCUUUUUAAAGUGUUUUCUCUGUUAGAGCUGUUUUUCAGCUGCUGUAUUGCUGUUGCGGUUUCGAAAGAAAACCUACUUAAAACGUCGGCCAUUGUUUCGCUCGCAUAUUUUUAGCGUUGCCAAAUGUUGUGACAUCCAAGGCUCGCAUUUGAAUGGCUAUCCGUGAGUUUCUUUGAUUAUUGACCAAUCAGAAUGUCUGGUUUUUUAGUUUCUUUGCACUGAAUUAACCCUCUGCAUUGAAUUACCUGAAAACUGCAUUUAUCUUAACCUAUCAGAACUAAGUAAUUGUUUCAUGUAUAUUAUUAGAAUAUAGGUACGUAUAGCACUUACGCUCACUGUGCGUACCUCGCAUGCGCAGUAAACAUUAUGCAAACGCAAGUAAAUUUUUAAACAGGUAAUUUAGUGUUAACAACUGAGUUGAAAACGUAAAUUAGCCACCGUAAAGGGUAAAAAAGCUGACGUUUCGAGCUUUAGCCUUUCGUCAGAGCAAUUGUUCAGUCUGUGUCCGAAUCACUUUCGAUGGAAUUGAAUCGUCGUUUGCGAGGUAUGUUCGUUUUUGCUUUCGGCGUAGAAUCGCUCGAGCAAAGUGUUAAGCUGGAUCGGCUCAUAAUUUUGAUUUCUUUGGCAAUUUUUCCAAACCGACAACCAAAAGGUAGUGCUUUUCACAGUGUUUUCACUGUUAGAGCUGUUUUCAGCUGCUGUAUUGCUGCUGCGGUUGCGAAAGAAAACCUACUUAAAACGUCGGCCAUUGUUUCGCUCGCAAAUUUUUAGCGUUGCCAAAUCGCUCUGACGAAGGGCUAACGCUCAAAACGUCAGCUUUUUUACCCUUUACGGUGGCUAAUUUACGUUUUCAACUCAGUUGUUAACACUAAAUUACCUGCUAUACUCUCCCAUCGACGCAGCACCACAGUUUCUUUAGAAACUUACCCCUUUAAAGUUUUAAACAGCUGUCACUGGUUUAUUGUUCAGACUUCGUGAAACUAACAACGGUGCAUAUUUUAUAAACAGUGCACGGUUAAUAGGGGAAAUGAAUUUUUGUUAGGCUUAAGAUGACUUAACUAAUAUUUUGUGUUAGUGUAAUAUGUAUAUCGUUAAUUAUUGUUAAUUAAUGUACGUCAGUGGUGUCUAUAUAAAUUAUAAUUUAAGACUUGAGAGGUAACAGAUGUAUCACGUAUCCUUUGCGUUGAUAUACAAAUAGUCGUCAUCGUCUCUGAUCAUAAAAUGGAAAUUUGGUUUUGGAUUCUUGGCUGGUCUCUUUCCAUUCUGGCCAUAUCUGGAAAUGGAUUUAUUAUCUUUCUUUUUUGGAGCAAACGACAGCUUCGUACCAAAACCAACGUGUUUAUUGUGUCACUCGCAAUAGCAGACGUUUGUGUUGGGAUUACGGCUGUUAAUUCGCGGUUUGUGUGUGAGAUGGUUAAUGGCUGCGAAAGUUCAACAUCAAUCGAGCAUAUUUCAUGGGCCAUUAGGGGCUUCUUUAUUUACGUGUCCGUGACAAACCUUUGCAGUUUAGUCGUGGAUCGCUACAUUGCUUUAGUAAAACCUUUGAGAUAUUUGACAUUUAUGACGCGUCGCCGAGUCGUUCAAAUGGUUUUUUCAUCCUGGGCGAUUCCGACCACCCUUGUUGCUGUUAUUAUAAUAGAAAAGCUUGUUUUUAAAGUGAACUCAAUUCUAUUCUACCCUUUUAUUUGUCUGUUAAUGAUUUUAGAGUUUUUUCCCGGAGUGAUUUUAAUAUUUUGCUAUGUAUCCAUGUUAAAAGUUGUAAUUAAGCACACACGGGGUGCUCGUUCGUUGGCAAAACAAUUAAGUUUCAACCAUCGGAUUUUCUUUAAAACUCAGGAGAAGUCUGCUGUUAUAAUGAUGGGUAUUGUGAUAAGUCUGUUUCUUGUGUGUUACGGGAUCUACUUGCGAUGUAGUUUAGUUUUUUUGUUGAAUAAUAACGAAUCAUGUUAUGAUGAUGAAUAUAAAAUUCCUGUUUUAGUGUUAAACUCCGCCAUCAACCCUUUGGCGUACUCUUUCUUUAAGAGAGACAUAAACAAGGAGGUAAAGAGACGCCUCUGUUUUGCCUCUUUGAUGAAGCGAAACAACAAUCACCCUCAAAAUGUGAACUGAUCUAGUGGUUAAAUGAGCGAGAUAAGAAUUUUCCUUUUACUAAGUACAUUUUAAUCUUUAAUGUAAAUGGCAGAGGAAGGGAGAACAACGAACUCAUUUUAGAAGUGAAUUAGUAAAUGGAAGGCGAAGUGCCAGACUCCUUUUUCAAAGAGAGUUAACAGACGAAUGUUUUGGAUUGAGGAAGACAGCGUUCAUUUCUCUCCAAAAGCCCUUGAAUCAAACAAAUUUUGACUGUGCUGGUCAUCUUCUUCAGGGAGUAUAAGUCCAUGGAAUUCAAAAGAGUAAGUGAGGAUCACUAGUAACAAUAUUCAGACCGACUGAAAGUCAUAAUGAUAAUGAUGAUAACAACUUGAAAAGAUCUAUUUGAAUGCUUGAAUCAGUUUUAUCAUCAAGGAAAGUUUUUUCUUCUGCGGAAUCGCGAGCAUCUUGGGGAAGGAGCCAUCGAUCGGAGGUCUGAUGGAUGGGAAACAAUAUGUAUUGGUUUUGACUGAUGCCAUUUACAUGAACUUGACUCGAAGUCCAUCAAUAUUUACGACAUAACUCAACCCUGAAGCUUAGUAAAAAACAUGUCCACGGGAUUGCAAAGCAUCCACUGACCUUUCUGUCAAGUGACUCAGAUACUAACAUUUCAAGUACGCCGUCACGAAAUAUCCCUAUCAUCAUAAACAGACUGAUCACUUCGCCGAGACAGUAAAAUGAGUAAAAUUAACCCUACUGAUGAUAAUGAUAAUAAUAAUAAUAAUAAUAAUAAUAAUAAUAACAAUAAUAAUAAUCAGUAAUGAUGGUAAUAAUAAUGAUGAUGAUAAGUAAUGAUAAUAUUAAUGAAGAUCAUACAAAAUAUAAAACUCAUUAAUCAGCAGUUUUCUUACACAAAUAGAGGAGCCGUGACUGUCUUCUUUUCUGUUGUAAAUAAACGCUGAAAGCGGCUAAAGCACAGAAGAAGUACGUCUGGUGCUUCCAUCUAUUUCUUGAGUGUACGUCUUGUGUCCGUACUUCUUGAUUGUACGUCUUGUUUCCCCCUACUUCUUGGGUGUACGUCUUGUAUUUCUCCCUACCUCUUGAGUGUACGUCCUGUGUUUUCCCCCUACUUCUUGAGAUUACGUCUUGUGUCUCCCCUUACUUCUUGAGUGUACGUCCUGUGUCUCCCCCUACUUCUUGAGUCUAUGUCGUGUCUCUUCCUACUUAUUGAGUGUAAGUCUUGUGUCUCUCCCUACUUCUUGAGUCAUGUGUCAUGUGUCUCCUCGUACUUCUUGAGUGUACUUCUUGUGUCUCCCCCUACUUCUUGAGUGUACGUCUUGUGUCUCCCCCUACUUCUUGACUGUACGUCUUGUGUCUCCCCUACUUCUUGAGUGUACGUCUUGUGUCUUGUGUCUCUUGUGUCUCCCCUUACUUGAGUGUACGUCUUGUGUCUCCCCCUACUUCUUGAGUGUACGUCUUGUGUCUCCCCUACUUCUUGAGUGUAUGUCUUGUGUCUCCCCCUACUUCUUGAGUGUACGUCUUGUGUCUCCCCCUACUUCUUGAGUGUACGUCUUGUGUCUCCCCUACUUCUUGAGUGUAUGUCUUGUGUCUCCCCCUACUUCUUGAGUGUACGUCUUGUGUCUCCUCGUACUUCUUGAGUGUACGUCUUGUGCUCCCCCCUACUUCUUGAGUGUACGUCUUGUGUCUCCCCCUACUUCUUGAGUGUACGUCUUGUGUCUCCUCGUACUUCUUGAGUGUACGUCUUGUGUCUCCCCCUACUUCUUGAGUGUACGUCUUGUGUCUCCCCCUACUUCUUGAGUGUACGUCUUGUGUCUCCCCCUACUUCUUGAGUCUACGUCUUGUGUCUCCCCCAGUGUAAGUCCUGUUCUUGAGUGUACGUCUUGUGUUUCCUCGUACUUCUUGAGUGUACGUCUUGUGUUUCCCCUACUUCUUGAGUGUACGUCUUUGUCUCCCCUACUUCUUGAGUGUACGUCUUGUGUCUCCCCCUACUUCUUGAGUGUACGUCUUGUGUCUCCCCCUACUUCUUGAGUGUACGUCUUGUGUCUCCCCUACCUCUCGAGUGUACGUCCUGUGUCUCCCACUACUUCUUUGUACGUCUUGUGUCUACUUCUUGAGUGUACGUCUUGUGUCCCCUGCUUCUUAAGUGUACGUCUUGUGUUUCUUCGUGCUUCUUGAGUGUACGUCUUGUGUCUCCCCCUACAUCUUGAGUGUACGUCUUGUGUCUCCCCUUACUUCUUGAGUGUACGUCUUGUGUCUCCCCCUACUUCUUGAGUGUACGUCUUGUGUCUCCCCCUACUUCUUGAGUCUACGACUUGUGUCUCCCCCUACCUCUCGAGUGUAAGUCCUGUGUCUCCCCCUAUUUCUUGAGUGUACGUUUCGUGUUUCCUCGUACUUCUUGAGUGUACGUCUUGUGUUUUUCCCUACUUCUUGAGUGUACGUUUUGUCUCCCCCUACUUCUUGAGUGUACGUCUUGUGUCUCCUCGUACUUCUUGAGUGUACGUCUUGUGUCUCCCCCUACUUCUUGAGUGUACGCCUUGUGUCUCCCCUUCCUCUCGAGUGUACGUCCUGUGUCUCCCCCUACUUCUUGAGUGUACGUCUUGUGUCUCCUCGUACUUCUUGAGUGUACGUCUUGUGUCUCCCCUACUUCUUAAGUGUACGUUUUGUGUUUCUUCGUGCUUCUUGAGUGUACGUCUUGUGUUUCCCCCUACAUCUUGAGUGUACGUCUUGUGUCUCCCCUUACUUCUUGAGUGUACGUCUUGUGUUUCCCCCUACUUCUUGAGUGUACGUCUUGUGUCUCCCCCUACUUCUUGACUGUACGUCUUGUGUCUCCCCUUACUUCUUGAGUGUAUGUCUUGUGUCUCCCCCAACUUCUUGAGUGUACGUCUUGUGUUUCCCCCCCUACUUCUUGAGUGUACGCCUUGUGUCUCCCCCUACCUCUCGAGUGUACGUCCUGUGUCUCCCCCUACUUCUUGAGUGUACGUCUCGUGUUUCCUCGUACUUCUUGAGUGUACGUUUUGUGUUUCCCCCUACUUCUUGAGUGUACGUCUCGUGUUUCCUCGUACUUCUUGAGUGUACGUCUUGUGUCCUCCCCUACAUCUUGAGUGUACGUCUUGUGUUUCCCCCUACUUCUUGAGUGUACGUUUUGUGUCUCCCCCUAUUUCUUGAGUGUACGUAUUGUGUCUCCUCGUACUUCUUGAGUGUACGUCUUGUGUCUCCUCGUACUUCUUGAGUGUACGUCUUGUGUUUCCUCCUAGUUCUUGAGUGUACGUAUUGUGUUUCCCCCUACUUCUUGAGUGUACGUUUUGUGUUUUCUCCUUGUUCUUGAUUGUACGUCUUGUGUUUCCCCUUACCUCUCGAGUGUACGUUUUGUGUUUCCCCCCCUACUUCUUGAGUGUACGUCUUGCGUUUCCCCUACCUCUCGAGUGUACGUCUUGUGUUUCUCCGUACUUCUUGAGUGUACGUUUUGCAUAUCCCCCUACUCCUUGGGCGUACGUCUUGUGUUUCCCCCUAAUUCUUGGGCGUACGUCCUGUGUUUCCUCGUACUUCUUGAGUGUACGUCUUUUGUCUCCUCGUGCUUCUUGAGUAUACAUCUUGUGUUUCCCCCCUACUUCAUGAGUGUACAUCUUGUGUUUCCCCCUACUUCUUGAGUGUUAGGAAUGCCUAGCGCUGCCGCUGUUGUGUUUCUUACUACUCUGAAUAGCCUACACUCCAGUCUUACUUUUACGAUGGAGCUUCCCGCUGGUAAUAAGAUCUCUUUUAUCUACAUUAAAAUCGUCAAGAACGGAACUAAACUUGAAACUCGUGUUUACCGAAAACCAACAAACACCGGUUUGCUCUUACCUUUCCACAGUCACACCAGGCCUUAUUGAUUCCGCUAUCAAUAAUUUUAUUUUUAGAAAUCCUUCGGCAGGCACAGCGGAAAGAAACACCGAUGAUAGUAGCACAGUAAGAAUUAGUCUUCCAUUCAAAUAUCAAGUGGCCGCUAGUGCGGUUCGGAAGCAGUUGCGCGAUCUUAUCCAUAAGAUUUCCCCACAUUGCAGCCUACAUUGUGAGCAAGAAAUUGGGGCAAGAUCUCCAACCCAAAGAAAUCAAGCCGUCAAUAGUGAAUCGGCAAUGCGUUGUAUACUGUUUCUCAUGUGAUCUGCGCGAUGCAGAUUAUGUCGGGUACACAGCCCGAAACCUUCAUCAACGCAUUGCUGAGCACGAAUAUUCGGCAAUCGGUCGACAUGUCGUGGAAGCUUACGGUAGCAACCACCUCUUGGAAGAAAACCAAUCAGAAUUUUAAGAAAGUGCCAGGGUAAAUUUGAUUGUUUAGUCUUUGAAAUGCUUUUCAUCAAGAAUCACAAGCCUAAUUUAAAUAUCCAGACGGACUCCAUACAUGCCAAACUUUUUCUUUGAUUCGGUAUAGCUUUUUAUCACCCAUGGUUAUUUUGAUAUAGACAGACUACAACUUGCAAAUCAUUUUUUGACUUGAUAAUGACGUUUAGCCAACGUCGAAAUGUCGUCGUUUUUUGGAAAUCUUAAAAUGUUUGUAAGAAAUGUUUUAUCGCAGUUUCUUAUAGUUUAAUCAAAAAUUAAUGAAGCGAAAUCUAACUAAGGUUCUCAUCAUAUGACAUGCAGUUGAAAGAGGAUUAAGUAUUAAUUUUUCAAGCUAAUGACGACGAGAUGUGUUGAUACAGUUUAGUGCAAUGAGAUUUAAAACAUGUUAGUGAAGGCAACUUAAAUUCGGUUAAACAGAUAUCUAUGACUUUCUUCACGCAUAUCAACAACUAAGGCUGUUCUGAUUUUUUGCGCGUGCCUUUAUACGAUCGAUACGAUCCUCAGACAAUGCACUUAGAUGUAUUUUGAAACUAAAAGCCAAAAUACUUGGAAAAGAAAUAAUAGGAGAAAAUAAAUCCCUCAUUCGAUGGUUUGACAUGUGAUACGAGUGGGCAUUUUGCUCAUUGCUUGAAUUUUUACCGUAUUAACGAGGCUCGGAAAGAUAUUUCGCAACAUUUAAAAUAUCCACUCGUAUUGCGAAUUGGGUGUUAAAAUAUCCAAGAAUUGACUUAUUACUGUUCCUAAGCAUGAUAUCUCAAUGUGAUAAUCAACCAUAAAAAUUAUAAAAAAGAAACUUAAGUUUUAAAUUGAUUACAAUUUGUGUAUAUAUUGUUCAGGCUCUCGAAAUGACUAACGGCGAAGGUUGAACAGUGAAGGUUGAUAAAGGACACUAGUUAUUACUCAGCUGAAAGUAACUAACAGAAGUCUUAGCCUAUUUUGCUUUAGUGGUAUGUCUACUUAAUUAGUGGCAAUUUAAGCACAUCAAUGAAUGUAACUUUGUACGGUAUAGCUAGGAGGAGAACAUGUCUCAAGCUUGCUUUUCGGCUUGUCUUGCUGACGUAACAGGUUACCUCUUGAAACACUUAGCACGUGAUAUCCCCACAUUUUAAAAAUGCUUUUUGGGCAACUAAUAAUGGAAACACUUCUGGUCAUAGGGAUAAAAUAGAUGUCGGUGUUUUUCUUGUUAAUUAUCAUUUACUUUACAUCACAGGCAAAUGUUGGUAUAAAAGUCGCUGAUAUGACUAGAAUCAAUGUCUUUGAAUUCCUGUUAUAAACGAGCAAUUUGUACAGAUGAUAAUACAAUUUCUAGUGCAAUUUGGUGUAAAUAAGCACGAGUAAAUUUUACAAAGACAAGAAAAUUGCAUGAGUCCGUAAGGCUAAUGUUAUUUUUGUUGAGAAAAUAAUGAGACCAACUCUGGUAAAACAAGACACAAAAGAGGUAAGGCAAUUCUGAUGAUGAAGCUUUAAUGACCCGAUGUCCUUAAAGACGCCAUAUUACAUUCUAUUCGCAAUAGAAUUUUGUUUUGCCUGUUUGUAAUUGUACGCCACAUUAAGGCAUUGCACUUAAACUACAGCUGUAAAGUAGUAUGCAAAUAAAGUUGCAUAAUACUUUACAAUUCGCAAUUUUCCUCUUUGGCGAUCAACGAGUCCACCAUCGUCUAUGAUCGCAAAAUGAAAGCUUGGUUCUGGAUUCUUGGCUGGUCUCUUUCCAUCCUGACCACAACUGGAAAUGGAUUUAUCAUCUUCCUCGUUUGUAACAAACGGCAGCUUCGCACUAAAACUAACGCGUUUAUCGUUUCCCUCGCGGUGGCUGACUUCUGUGUUGGGAUGAGCGCUGUUCCUUCGCGGUUUGCGUGUGAGGCGUUGGAUAUGUGCAACGAUCCAUUUAUUUCGAGGACAGUGUGGAUUUCAAGAAACCUGUUUGCGUUUGCGUCGGUGACAAAUUUGUGCAGUUUAGUCCUGGAUCACUACAUUGCCGUCACGAAACAAUACAAUACUUGA